AAAAAAUAAUCGAAACUAUUUUCUCGUGAAAAGCUCGAAGCAUCGCGGAGCACAGAGAGAGCGCGUCAUCGUCUUCUUCGAUGAAAUCCUGAGCUCCAUCGUCUCUGCGAGAAUCGCUCCGAUGGAGUCCUCCUGCAAUUUCGCGAGCUCCUCUUCCCUGCUGCUCCCUCCGAAGCCGAUCUCGAAGCUAUCGCAACACAAGUCCCCCUUCGAGCUCAAUUUCUCCAAAUGGAAGCCGAAGGGGGGCCGGUGCCGGCAUCGCUCGGUGGUUCGAAGCGCCUGCGGCGGCGGCGGCGGCGGCGGCUACGGCGGCGGCUCCGAAGAUAGCGCCUCCGUUAAUGGCUUCGCGGUUGCGCCUAACAGGCUCUUCAUGCAGGAGGCAAUCGGAGCGGAGUAUGGGGAGGGUUUUGAGACGUUUAGAACGGAUGGCCCUCUGAAGAUGGAUGUGGAUUUUCUAAAUGACAGACUACAAGAAGGGUUUCUUCAACGUAUACGAUAUGCGAUGAAACCAGAUGAAGCUUACGGGCUUAUUUUCUCCUGGGACAAUGUGGUGGUAGAUACCCAGUCUCUGAAGUUGAAAGCAUGGAAGCAGCUGGCCAUCGAAGAGGGCAAGGAAUUACCUGAGGACAUCCGAUUACAAAAGCUCAUGCUUCAUGCAGGUGCUGAUCACGUUCUACAUAAGGUUUUGCUGUGGGAUGAAGAAAGUGAGGAAGAUAGAUUAAAGUCGAGGCUUGCCCAGUUAUAUUAUGAUAAUCUUCUUGAACUAAGAGAACCUAUGGAGGGACUUAAAGAAUGGAUGGAUGCAGUCCAUACGGCUCGCGUCCCUUGUGCUAUUGUUUCUAGUCUGGAUCGGAAAACUAUGAUUGAGGCACUCGACCGCAUGAAGCUAGCCAAGUAUUUUCAGGCAGUAGUUACAGAAGAAGAUGGCAUGGAGUCGAUAGCUCAUAGAUUUCUUUCAGCUGCUUUGAAGCUGGACCGCAAACCAUCAAAGUGUAUAGUAUUCGAAGGUGACCCCAGAGGCGUAACUGCUGCUCACAACUGUACGAUGAUGGCCAUUGCCUUAAUAGGUGCUCACCCAGCGUAUGAUUUGGAGCAGGCAGAUCUUGCUGUCGCCAGCUUCAAUGAGCUUUCAGUGAUUAACCUCCGCAGAUUAUUCGCCAACAAGGGAUCCACUUUCAUGGACUUACAAAAGCAGUUUGCAGAGAGAGAACAUCCCAAAAGGAAACUCACUGUGGAGGAUCCAAUUUUUUGAUUCGUUUGUCUAGAUAUCAUUCUGUAAUUAAGCAAACCAUCCUCUAUGUACCCAUUUCUACGUUAAAUUUUCUUUAUAUUUUCUUUGUCA